CAGAGACGGAGACUUGUUUCUGUGUUUAUGUUCAGCAUUAUCAAUCAAGUGGAAAAAUAAACAAAACCACCGAGAGCUGCGUCUUUCUCCUCCUGCGCACUGCUUUGUUGGAUUUAACUCUCCUGUGUUUCCAUCGGGGAUUUCUUCACGCUUCUUCAAAAGGGAUCCUUCAUUUGAGGAUUAUUUUACAGAGUAUUUCUGUCAUUAAAAAAGAGAAGAAAAAAAAACAAAAAACAAAACUCGCCGUAUGGGAAAGUAGAAGGGCAGGAAGGAAAAGUUUCCCUGAAUCCACCUUCUGCGCGUCCACUCCUCACAUAACGGAAAGCUUUUAAAACUUUCUCCAUGCGUGUUUGAGCCGGGCUACACGGACCUGUGGAGCUUUCACUGCUUGUUUAAGGGCUGUCAACACAAUGGGACGCCUGUGUCUGCUCCUGGUUGUCACCCUCUCCCUACUCACCUGCCAGGUUUUGUGCUCUGGAGUUUUUGAGCUGAAGCUGCAGGAGUUUCUCAAUAAGAAAGGGGUGUCUGGAAAUGCCAACUGCUGUCCUGGUGAAUCCGCUCAUCCCCUGGUCCAUCAGUGUGAAUGCAAGACUUUCUUUCGGGUCUGUCUGAAACACUACCAGGCAAACGUCUCCCCGGAGCCUCCCUGUACCUACGGCGGGGCUGUGACUCCUGUCCUCGGAUCCAACUCCUUCCAGGUGCCGGAGACAAACGCGGACAGUUUUACCAACCCAGUCCGCUUCCCCUUUGGAUUCACAUGGCCGGGGACGUUUUCACUGAUCAUUGAAGCUCUGCACACUGACUCCCUGGACGACCUGACAACAGAUAACCCAGAGCGUCUGAUCAGCAGGAUCACCACCCAGCGUCACUUGACUGUGGGUGAAGAAUGGUCCAAAGACAUGCAGACAUCUGGCAGGACAGAACUGCGUUAUUCAUACCGCUUCUUGUGUGAUGAGCAUUACUACGGUGAUGGCUGCUCUGUCUUCUGUCGUCCCAGAGAUGAUGCCUUUGGACACUUCACCUGUGGCGAGCGCGGAGAAAUUAUAUGCAACUCUGGCUGGAAGGGCCAGUACUGCACUGAACCAAUCUGUCUGCCUGGCUGUGAUGAAGAGCAUGGCUUCUGUGAUAAACCUGGAGAGUGCAAGUGUCGUGUGGGCUUCAGUGGCCGUUACUGUGAUGACUGUAUCCGAUACCCAGGCUGUCUUCAUGGCACCUGCCAGCAGCCGUGGCAGUGUAACUGCCAGGAGGGAUGGGGCGGACUCUUCUGCAACCAGGAUUUGAACUACUGCACACACCACAAGCCCUGUCUUAACGGAGCCACUUGCACCAACACUGGCCAGGGCAGCUACACCUGCUCCUGUCUGCCUGGCUUUACAGGUGCCAGCUGUGAGAUCCAGGUCAAUGAAUGCUCUGGAAACCCAUGUCGCAACGGGGGCAGCUGCACUGACAAUGAUAAUGGAUAUAAGUGCACCUGUCCACCUGGUUUCUAUGGCAACAAUUGUGAGUUGAGUGCCAACACCUGUGCAGACGGACCAUGCUUUAAUGGUGGACGCUGUUCGGACAACCCUGAAGGUGGUUACUUCUGUCAGUGCCCGACGGGAUAUGCAGGUUUCAACUGUGAGAAGAAGAUUGACCACUGCUCCUCCAACCCCUGCUUAAAUGAUGCUGAAUGUGUAGAUCUGGUGAACUCCUAUCUGUGUCAGUGUCCUGAGGGAUUUUCAGGCCCUAACUGUGAGGACAACAUCAGCAUCAGUGGAUACUGUCAGUCUUUUCCCUGUCAGAAUGGGGGGACGUGCCAGGAAGGAGUGAAUGGUUACGCCUGUUCCUGCCCUCCAGGUUAUACUGGACAAAACUGCAGCUCUCCCAUCUCACGUUGCCAACACAACCCCUGCCACAAUGGAGCGACCUGUCAUGAGCGUGAUGGUCGCUAUCUGUGUGCAUGUUUGCCUGGCUAUGGUGGACACAAUUGCCAGUUUCUGUUGCCAGAGCAUCAUCCUGUGGUGGACGCACCAGACCGCCGAAGUGGAAAUGCUGAUGACGAGGAAGAUGAUGACAGUGGGUUCCCUUGGACAGCUGUGUGUGCAGGUGUCUUCCUUGUUCUUGUGAUUCUCAUCGGCUGCUCUGUGCUGGUGGUCUAUGUACGGGUCAAACUGCAGGAGCGGCACAGUCACCAUGGCGACAGUGUCCACAGUGAUAGCCAUGAGACCAUGAACAACCUGACAACAACCAACAAUUGUCUCCGCAGCGACAAGGAACUGGGUGCCAUGAUGACAACUUCAAUUAAAAAUACUAAUAAGAAGGCUGAUUACCAUUCAGAGCUGGGUGGAUCACUGGGUGGUCUGAGUGGCAUCAGUGGGCUCAGUGGGCUUAAUGGGCUCGGUGGAUCAGAAAAGAAUGGCUUUAAGACUCGUUACCCCAGCGUGGAGUACAACCUGGUCCAUGAGCUCCGACCAGAGGAGCUAUCCCUGUGUAAAGAGGAGGAGCAAGACGAGGUCAAAUGUGAAAUGCUGGAUGAGUGUGACUCAGAGGACAGAUACAGGAAGAGACAAAACAGUGAUGCAUCAGAGAAGAAACCAGUAGAAGAAUCACCGAGCUGCAGUGAAGCGAAGUAUAACUCCUCUAUUGAUCUGAACUGUCAUGCAGCAAGCGAUCUAAAACACCAGUCCACUAGUGAUCUGAAAAACCAGUCAACCAGUGACAUCAAAUACCACCCCACCAGUGAUGCUGAAUACCACUGUUCAGGUGACAGCAGGUACCAGUGUACCACUGACACCAAAUACCAGUCCGUCUACGUCAUAUCUGACCAAAAAGAUGAAUGCAUCAUCGCAACAGAGGUAUGAUACCAGUCCAGAUCAGAUCAGACCAGUCUUCUCUGGAUGCUGGUGGUCCAAACCAGCCCUGAGCAGUAGAGCUCAGCUUGUCUCCGGGAGGUUUUACUCCUGCUGUUUGCUGCUGUUCCCUGGGAUUUACCGGAGGACUUUGAGCCAAGGUGCUACUGAGCCAGCGUGGAGUCAGUACUGACAUGGCUAGGACUUUGUACUACAGUAGUACUACGGAUGAAUACUAGACAUUUUGCUGGAUGUAGGUCUAAUGCUGACAGACAUAUGGACAAAGCAGAAGACAGAGCUAGCACAACAGAAAAAAGUGCUGAACUCAUGCAGUCAGUCGGUCUGGGCGACUGAUGAAGAGCAAGCUGCAGUACGGAAAGACUUACUGCCGGAAUGAGUCCUUAUGAACUGUUUCCCCCUGAAAAACAUUGGAGUAGUGACUUGGAUGUUGACAGAUAAAGCUGUAGUACCAUGGAGUACUGAAUGAACAAACAAUGUAGUACCUUUGGAGUACCAACAACUUUUGAAGUACUGUUGUAGUACAGUUAUGUGAUGUGGUUUUAUAAUGCAGUGUAAAAGCUGUCGUAGAUAUUGGACAGUUCAUGUUCUGUGCAGUGCUGCAGAGUAGAAGAUGAAGUUCAAACAUAGAGGCCCUUCAUUUGGCUUUUUUCUUCAGGGUUGGAGCAUUUUCAAGUGGUUGAUGAUAUUGACCAUGACCGCAACAUUCUCUGUUGGAUUCGCUGUUCGGGUGACACUAGUUGCAUGUCAUUCCUCUCACUUUCUGGUAUUGAAUAAAGGGACAAAAUUCCCCAAAGCAAAUGUUAAAAAAAGUUUCAUUCCAAAAGUAAAAUUGAAUUCUGUGCAUUCGCAGUGAAACAAUAGAAAAAAAAUUGUGGGACUUCUGCAGCAGCUAAACAUCUGCAUCUCUGCAGCACUGACAGAUACGGUGUCAGCUGAGCUGGUUCUCAGCAGAAAAUAGAGAACUGAAGACUCCAGUAGUGACUGCAGACUGAUCCAACAUGGAUCCUGUUGGGCCAUAGUGGCCUCCUGACCCCUGAAGGUUGUGAUACACAGGGCAAUGUUUUUGGGCAGGGCUACUUUGGAAAUGCUCUCAACAUUAGAGAACAAGCAAAAGAAGUCAGUGGAACAAAUCAGGAGAAUAUUAAGGAAAUUCAGCAUUCAGGUUGAUUUUUUUUUUCAAGUUUAAAUUGGUUAUCCUUGACCAGAUUUAUUAAUUAGAAGUCUGUGAGUUCAGUGUAGUGAUGAAGAAGUUUUGCAAAAAAAAAAAAAAAAA